GCAUGCCCAGUGUGUAAAUCCGCGCAGUCACAUGUCAAAACAAACCUACACAAAGUUGUUCCUGUUUUCUGAUAGACCGAAUGAAACAUUACUUGUCUUUCAGACAUUCUGUAAAGCAGAUAGCAACAACCUGAGGUAGCACAUGUUUUCUCCAAAUAAGCGUCGCGAUUGUGUCAGUCAGUGACAUCCCAGUCCGGGAUCAAUGGCGUCCAGUUGGACAGAAUGGUUGAAUUCAUGCUCCAACAUCAUCUUAUCUGUCACUGCUCUGUUUUCUUCAUACAGACUCUUUAAGGACCACAGAGCUCCGUCUGUAGGAUUCUUUCUACUUGGGCUCUCCGCUGCAGUUGACAUCGUGCCCUCAUCCACCUCACAUAUAAAUGCCUUCCAGAAACAAGCAGAGUGGGCCGGAGAGGUUUUGGCUCCUGCACUAGUCUCAUUUGACUUCCUGUGGCUCAGUCAGGACCACAACACUGCAAAUAUUCUCUUGUGUGGCUCCUGCCUGCUGCUGGGACUGUGGGACUGGGUGUCGGCGGACACUCUGACAGUGUUGACCCACACCCUGAGCCUGUCCUCUCUGUCCUGCUGCCUUAUAGUGUGCCUGUUUGCUAGUCAAGGUUUAGGGGCCCUGGGUGGUGUGGCCCUCAGUCUUCCACUGCUUAUGACUCCACAGGUGGGAACGAGCACCCUCACACCUCUUGUUUCUUUGGCCGCCUCUGAUAGACUGGUGAAGUGGGUUUUAAAAGGGUUUUUAACAAUAGGAUGCUGGGCCUCCACCAAGGCCCUCAGCAAGUUUCUGUUGGAUGUGACCGAAAGAUGUGAAUUAAUGUAAUAAAGUUAUUCUAAAAUGUGUGGUAAUAUCAUGGUUUUUUUUAAAAUAUUUUUGCAGAGUGCUGACAUAACUUGCGUGUUUGCGU